UAUAACAUUUCUCAUUUACGAGUAAAAACGGUCAGACGUGGCUGUAUAUAUUCGAUACGCUUUCGUUUAAAAAAUGUCCGUGUCGUACGCGGUUUCCCGUGCAUUGAGGGGCGCGUCCCCGUUCUUUUUUCAAAAAAGAUUCGAAUCGACGGUGGCCAGUUUGACAAAGGACGAGAUUUUGAUUUUAUUAAGACCCCCAUCCACGAACUGGAGCAACAUUAUACGCGACGCUGAAAAAGUUGUGGGCUAUCCUACGUCGUUCAUGAAUUUGAGAUGUCUUUUGAGCGACGAGUUUGCGAAUAUGGCGCUAUAUUUGAGAAAAUUGGUUGGCAGCAACCACUUGGUAAUGAAGACGGCCAAGAACAUCCUGUACGGUGACUCGAAGAACCUUCAACCGUGGGGUCUCGUUAUGCUACUUCUAUCCAAGUCCGUAAAAGCCAACGUAGCCUCACCACAGAGUAAAACGAUAGAGGAACAACAAAAAAUGCUCGCGGAGCUAACUGAGAUGAUUAGAACUGGACAUCUGAUACAUAAAGGAAUAGUGAACGUACCAUUUACAAAACGCUCUAAAGAUACCGAAUCAGCGAUAUUCGGUAAUAAAAUAGCAAUCCUACUUGGAGAUUAUUUACUUGUAACAGCUAACGGUAUGCUCGCGAACCUUAGAAAUUCUGAUGUAUCAUACAUUAUAUCUACCGCUUUAAAAGAUUUGUCUGAAGGUGAAUUUUUUGGCGAGAGAGACGAACAGAACAUGCCUCUACCUGGUAAACCUAAUAAGAAUAUUGAUGAUAUACAAAUUACUUUUGAUACGACUUCUAUAACUGUUGAUAAAGUGAUUGGCAAGCCCACAACUGAAUGGACAGCGAGAUCUGUGUUCAAUGGAGUCAGUUUAUUGGGCAGAGGAUGUCAAGCGUCUAUGGUUUUAAAUAAACAGAGCAGAGAUAUGCAAAAUCUUGCUUAUUAUUUCGGCUGUCAUGUUGGUUUGGCUUGGCAAGCGGCAACGGAAAUGCAACAACUGACUUCUGACAGCAAAGACCAAUUUUGCUUGGCCAGCGCACCGGUUUUGUUCGCUUUGGAAGGCAAUCCCGAUCUAUACAAGAUUAUUGAUCAAGCGAAAAACGAUGUUAAAGAUGUGGAUUAUGAAGAUUUGAAGUUUAAUAUUUUAAAAACUGACGCCGUUGAUAAAACCAAGAGGCUGUAUGAAGAACAUGCAAAAAAAGCGACUGCGUACAUCGAUAGCAUGGGCGAAAACGAAUCGAUUGAUAUGAUCAAAAAAUUAAUUAAUACGUUCUGAUUUUUGAAUGAAUAUUAAUGCAUUAACUUCGUUUUUGAGUUUAGUCUUGCCUUUAAAUAAAUAUAUCUUUUGGUUUUAUUUAGUUUUAUAAAUGAACUCAG